GAUUAGACGUAUACAUUAGUUUAAUCUAAGUAAAAAAUUAAUUUUAUAAAUUAAAAAUGAUUAAUAUAAAUAAUAGUUUGUUAAGAAAUAGCGUCUUAUUAAUUUUUUUCUUAAAUAUCAAUUGCUGGAGCACAAAUGUUAAUGCUGCAAAACAACGAUAUGUAACAUGCGGCACUGUUCUAAAAUUAAUGAAUUCCGAUCUGCAAGUACGUUUACAUUCACACGAUGUAAAAUAUGGGACUGGUAGUGGUCAACAAUCGGUAACAGGUACUGAAUUGACAGAGGAUGUAAACAGUCAUUGGUUAGUAAAAGCAGGCACUGGUAAAUUAUGUAAUCGUGGUGAACCAAUUAAAUGCGGUUCAAUUAUCCGCUUAGAACAUUUAGCUACACAUAAAAAUUUACAUUCACAUCGAUUUGAGUCGCCUUUAUCGGGGGGUCAAGAAAUAUCUUGUUACGGUAGCGGUGACGGAGAAGGUGAUUCUGGAGACCACUGGGAACUAGUUUGUUCUGGUGAUAAAUGGCUACGAGAUGAGAGUGUCAUGUUAAAACAUGUUGAGACUGAUAAAUAUUUGUGUGCGACAGGACGAGCAUUUGGCCGACCUAUUAGUGGACAAAUUGAGAUUGCUGGAGUGUCCAGUUUACGAGGAUCUGUUUAUUGGAAAGCAGCUGAAGGAUUAUUUUUACAUGCACCUGAGCCUGAAUUAUCACAUACUGUUCACACGGAAUUAUAAAUAUUUUAGGAGUUUUUUUUAUUUAUUUGUAAUUGUAUGAGUGAUUUUUUUAUCCAUGGCGGUGCAUGAUAAAAUGGCGAUUGAUCUCGUUAUGUUUCAAGUGCCGUCCUUGGCUAUUGUUUUCGUAAAUAAAUUGCUAAGGGAAUUGUAGUUAGAGCAUUUUUUUAAUUGUAAAUUAGUUUUAUUUAAAACAAAAAAUUUGUAUGAAUGUCUUGCAUUUAUUUCUAAAACACCUUUUGACUAAUUGAGUUUUUUGUAAGAAUUGGACACAAACAAUUUACAUUGGAAGUUACGUAUAUGUAAA